GUUUCUAUGUGAACUUUCUUAAAGAAGCGCUUCCUUUUUAAUCAUAAUCCUGCGUGGGAAAGUAUACCAAACAUUUUUCUCUGAGACACCAGAAGAUUUACAUAAUUCUGCUUCUAUGCAAAAGAGAAGAAAUGCAGAUACAACAUUCUGUUAUGAUUGUAAGCUUUGUGUUUACCUGUACUGUGGAAAGUUAGUUUCCUGUUUUCUGAGAUGCAUUUCUCGGAACAGGAUGGUUUCGAAGAUAACUUCCGAAGUGUUGUUGCUGCCCAUGAAAGGGUUUCUUCUGGAAUCUUGUCUCAGACUAUGAACUACGUAGGACAACUUGCUGGACAAGUCCUGGUUACUGUGAAGGAGUUGUACAAAGGCAUUAAUCAGGCAACCCUUUCAGGAUGCAUUGAUGUCAUUGUGGUCCGGCAGCAAGAUGGUACAUACCAGUGUUCUCCUUUUCAUGUCCGAUUUGGGAAGCUUGGUGUGUUGCGCUCUAAAGAAAAAGUGAUUGAUAUAGAAAUUAAUGGUGAUGCUGUUGAUCUUCACAUGAAACUGGGUGACAAUGGAGAAGCUUUCUUUGUACAAGAAACUGAGGAGGAAAAUGAAAAAGUUCCUGCAUAUUUGGCAACCUCUCCAAUUCCCACUGAAACCAAUUUUUUAAAGACAGUGACAAUCAUUUGAAUUCAGGUGAAAAUGAGAGGAUGUGUGCAAACUCCGAAAUUCCACACUCUGUGGAAACAGAGACUGUAUUUACCCCAGGUUCUGUGAAAAAGAAAAAAAGAAGAA